AUGGAUGUGAACCUACUAGAAUUGCGUCUAGAUAGGAUCAGAGUUAAAGCUGUAAUGGCCGUAAACCUAUCAAAAUUGUGUCUAGAAAAUGAUCAUAAGCAGCAUACCAACAAAAAUGACUAUGCAGAAAAACCUGCUGUAAAUGAAAAUCUUCCAACAUCUGAUAUUGCAGAAAAAGAUGAGAAUACGGUGCUUAAGAAAGAAAAUGAUGAUAAGCAGCAUACCAAUCAAAAUGAGUUUGCAACACAAAUUUCUCAACAAAAACCUGUUGCAAAUGAAAAUCUUCCCACGUCUGAUAUUGCAGAUAAAGAGGAGUAUACGGUGCUUGAGCAAGAAAAUUAUCAAAAGCAGCAUAACAACAAAAAUGACUUUGUGACCCAAAUUUCUCCACAAAACCCAGCAGCUAUUGAAAAUCUUCCCACGUCUGAUAUUGCAGAUAAAGAGGAGAAAACGGUGCUUGAGAAAGAAAAUGAUCACAAGCAUCAUAUCAACAAAAAUGACUUUGCGACACAAAUUUCUCAACAAAAACCUGAUGAAAAUGAAAAUAUUCCCAUUUAUGAUAUUGCAGAUAAAGAGGAGAAUACGGUGCUUGAGAAAGAAAAUGAUCCUAAGCGUCAUAUCAACAAAAAUGACUUUACGACACAAACUUCUCAUCAAGAACCUGCUCCCAUUGAAAAUCUUCCCUUGUCUAAUAUUGCAGGCAAACAAGAGCACGUCGUGCAUGAGCAAGAUCAUAAGCAGCGUGCCAAAAAAAAUGACAUUGCGACAAAAAUUUCUCAACAAAAUCCUCCUGCCAUUGAAAAUCUUCCCACGUCUGAUAUUAUAGAGAACGAGCAGAAUAUCCUUCUUGGGAAAGAAAAUGAUCAUGAGCAGCAUACCAACAAAAAUGACUUUGCGACACUAAUUUCUCAACAAAAACCUGCUGCAAAUGAAAAUCUUCCCAUGUCUGAUAUUGCAGACAAAGAGGAGAAUACGGUGCUUGAGCAAGAAAAUGAUCAUAAGCAGCAUAUUAAAAAAAAUUACUUUGCACUACAAAUGUCUCAACAAAAACCUGCUGCAAAUGAAAAUAUUCUCCCGUCUGAUAUUGAAGAUAAAGAGGAGAAUACCAUGCUUGAGCAAGAAAAUGACAUUGGGACACAAAUUUCUCAACAAAACCGUGCUACAAAAAUUGCAGAUAAAGAGGAGAAUACGGUUCUUGAGAAAGAAAUUGAUCAUAAGCAGCAUACCAACAAAAAUGACUUUGCGACACAAAUUUCUCAACAGAAGCCUGCUGCAAAAGAAAAUCUUCCCACAUCUGAUAUUGCUGACAAGGAGGAAUAUUCAGUGCUUGAACAAGAUAGUGAUCAUGAGCAGCAUAUCAACAAAAAUGACAAGACACAAAUUUCUCAGCAAAUAGCUGCUGCAAAUGAAAUUCUUCCACCGUCUGAUGUAGUAGAUAAAGAGAUGAAUACCAUGCUUGAGCAAGAUGAAAACCCCGUGGAAGGGGCUGCACUUCCCACAAAAUUAGAGAGUGAAAUUGAAGAUAUAAAGAAUGUAGAAAUCAAAAAGCAAGGGAACAUUGUAGCUUUGGGAUUGGCAUUUCUGAUUGGUGGACUUCUGAUCAUUGUUCAUAAUGCACCUCAAAUGAAAGAAAUGUAGAAGCAGAUCAGUACAAAGAACUACUGGGCGAGCAAGAAAAUUUCUUACUCCAUUCAACAAUUGCUGUGUUAUCUUUCUUAGUUUUCGGCUUAAUCCCUCCUGUAACAUAUGGCUUGUCAUUUUGGAGGAGUGACAAUAGGGACCUAAAGCUCGUAGCAGUUACAGCGGCUUCUCUUCUGUGCAUUGCUAUACUAGCAUUUGGAAAGGCUCGCAUGCGACGGCCUCCCAAGUUCUACAGGCAUUUCAAGUCUCUACUGUACUAUGUCAGUAAUGGCAUUUUGUCCUUUAUAGGUUGUAUAUAUGUUUUUUUUCACUUAAUUUGUUCUUCCUUGGUCUUGUAAGUUUGGAGGUAAUGUAUUGAUGUCAGGGCAUCAAAUGUUUGGUCGUAAUAGUUAUUUGGAAUAAUGUUCUAAUUCUUCAAGUUGGAGAUAGUGUAUUGA